AGUAGAAUGAUACUCUCUCUUGUUGUUGCAGGAAGUGGCUCUUGACGACUAGCUGGCUAGGAGGCACCAUGGCGCCUCUAGAUCUGGAUAAAUAUGCAGAGAUUGCGAAACAGUGUAAAUACCUCCCAGAAAAUGACCUCAAGAGGUUAUGUGACUAUGUCUGUGACCUUCUGCUGGAGGAGUCCAACGUUCAGCCUGUUUCCACCCCUGUAACAGUAUGCGGUGACAUACAUGGACAGUUUUAUGAUCUUUGUGAACUCUUCCGAACUGGCGGCCAGGUUCCAGACACAAAUUACAUAUUUAUGGGUGACUUUGUUGACCGAGGAUAUUACAGUUUGGAGACGUUCACCUACCUGCUGGUGCUGAAAGCCAAAUGGCCCGACCGCAUCACGCUUCUACGUGGAAACCACGAGAGCCGACAGAUCACCCAAGUUUAUGGCUUUUAUGAUGAGUGCCAGACAAAGUACGGGAAUGCAAAUGCCUGGCGUUACUGCACCAAAGUCUUUGAUAUGUUAACAGUUGCAGCUCUGAUGGACGAGCAGAUCCUGUGUGUCCACGGAGGCCUCUCCCCAGACAUAAAAACUCUAGAUCAAAUUCGAACCAUUGAGCGGAACCAGGAGAUCCCCCACAAAGGAGCAUUUUGUGAUCUGGUGUGGUCAGACCCUGAAGACGUUGACACCUGGGCCAUCAGCCCCAGAGGAGCUGGCUGGCUCUUUGGUGCCAAGGUCACAAAUGAGUUUGUUCACAUCAACAACCUGAAGCUGAUCUGCAGAGCGCAUCAACUUGUCCACGAAGGCUACAAGUUCAUGUUUGAUGAGAAGCUGGUCACAGUGUGGUCGGCUCCGAACUACUGCUAUCGCUGCGGCAACAUCGCCUCCAUCAUGGUCUUCAAAGACGCUAACACAAGAGAGCCAAAGCUCUUCAGAGCAGUGCCCGACUCUGAAAGGGUCAUUCCGCCUCGAACAACGACACCUUAUUUCCUGUAAGCACAUUAAAACCAAAACAACGCAGCCAUUUGUUCGGUGCACAGAUGCCGACUGGGACAGUGGCAUCAGCACUCGUGAACUCAUAUGAAUUUUGUAUUGUACAUUUAGAGUAUUUACAGUGCGAUUCUUGGUGCCAACUGUCAAUUGUUAUUCCCACUCUGGCAUUCAAUGCCAUUAUUCUGCAGUUUAAAUCACACUGAGAUAUUACAAUGAAGGCCCGGCAGUACCGCUGUGCUGUUGAAAUGUUUAAGAGGAAGGAUUCAAAUGACAUAGAAAUCAACUGACCUUUGUAAAAAUGUUCCUAAUUAUAAAUCGCGAUUUUACUUUACUAUAGAAAUUCACUCUGCUGAGCAAACAGCAGGUGCAAUGUUAUAUAUAGUGUUUCAUGGUAAUGUAUUAAAGCUGGGUGUUAAAUAAUAAAGCACUGCACAAGCGCAAAACUAUCUCUGACAAAUUUCAAUGGAGUUAUACACUUGGUGUUAUCAUGUGAUCUUAUGAAUAAACAUGUAAACCUGAGAGUUAAUGUGUAAAAAUAGACUAUAUCCAUUUGUUAGAGAUUUUGGUAUUGUUAAGCCUGUGGUACCUUAAAAGAUUCUCUGCGAUUUCCAGAUUUGGAAUCAGUUCUUUUAAUUAUUCUUUUUCUGUGUGUCACCAUACUGUUUUUAAAUAAAGAAAUCAAAAAAUUGUAAAA